AUGUUGAUAAACAGCUCUGCAUUGUCAGCGAGAUGUGCUGGUAAAAAGAGGGGGGAGGUGUUUGUUUGCUUGGGCCUGGAUUGGUCACUGGGGUGGUCUAAUUGGAAGGGUGAGAUGCGGUUCGGGAAGCGUUCCGACGAGCAGUGGAACCAGUGGUUUGGUUCUCAGGCCCAGCAGGCGCCUGGGCUCGCUGAGGAUCGUGUGGUGGCAGAGCGAGGGAUGCAGCAGCAGGGACGGCGGCAGAUCCGUCAUGUGCAGAGCCCCCGGGGCGCAACUAAGGGGGCACCACGCAAGAUGCCCGUGCAAGGGGACAUUCAUUUGCGCCUGGGGCAUGCUCCGGCCUAUGCUCGAGAUGCCACAACACGCAUGAGUGCGUGUGUGGAGAAGGAGGGCGCGCAUGCGUGUGUGCGGAAGCUGUUCAGAGACAUGCCGGACUUGUGCGGAUCAUUCUAUGCUUACUUCAUCCAGGCCUUCGUCUCCCUCCACUUCAGACACUGCAUGGCCAAACCAUACACCAAGCCGUUCCACUCCCUGCUAUCCCUCUUCACCCCCUCCUCCCCCACCUCCCCUCACUUCCCCCUUCCCCUUUCCUCCCUCUCUCCCCCGUCCCCCCCACUCCACACCACCAGCCCCUCUCAACACACCCCAGUCCCCUUCAUCCACUCCCACCCCCCCGUCGCCUCCCCUUUUCAGGACUGGUUCCGCUCCUUCCACCCCCAGGCCUUCCUCUUCCUGCGGUUCGAGGACUACAUGGCCAACCCCCGCCCACACAUCGCCCAAACCCUCGACUUCCUUGGCUUCCCCGCUGCUGACGUGGCGGAGGAGCAGUGGGCGGGGAUCGUCGACCUGGAGCGCGUGGAGCAGCGGCUGGAAGGCAUGGCGAGGGAGGAGCUGGAUGGGGUCACACGGGAGUACCUGGAGGCGUUCUCCGCGCCUUUCAAUGCAGAUCUGGUGCGGUUGCUGCGUGAUGAGAAGUAUUCGUGGAAGAGAGGGCAGAGGUGA